UUCUUCCUCAGUGUUCCAUACCAUGUGCUGCUAAAAACUUGCAUUUAACCUCAUCAUGCUUAAUGGAAUAGACUCAGAGUUUAGUCCUCUGAAACAGUUUUAUACAAACUUUCUCAAAACAUUUAGUAACGAUGAUCUUGAGUUCUUCAAAAGCCUUACUAGUGACGAAGAAAGAAUCCAAUUUGUGUACGAUCUACCGUCCCUUGAGGGGUUUGAGAUUUCGGAAAACAAAACUUUAAAAUCUUCAGAUUUAGCAAAAAAGUUAAAAGAAGAUGGUAACAAGGCGUUCCAAGUGGAUCAAUUUAAAGUAGCGUUGGCUUUAUACUCUAAGGCAAUCAUAAAACAGCCUCAAAAUUCCUCAAAUGAAAAAGAAGAGCUCUCAGUGUUGUUUGCUAAUAGAUCGGCAGCACUUUACCACAUAAAAGAAUAUGAUGCCGCCCUUCAGGAUAUCAAGUCUGCACUGGAAAACAAUUACCCUUUGAAUCUCCAAUACAAAAUUUGUGACAGGAAAGCAAGAUGUUUUUUAGCUCUAAACCAACUCAAGUCUGCCCAAGACUCAUUCCGGGAAACCAUCCAAGCCUUGGACAAUGCAAAGCUUAACUCUGAGAAAAAACAAAAAUGGCAACGGGAUAUACAGAUAAUGUUGGCAAUGUUGGAUAAAAACAAAGAUUUGAAAAACGUGCCUAGGACGUCAGCCAAGGAUUACACUUCUCAAUUCAAAGAUGGUGUCAACAAACAGUAUCCGAGUGCCAGCAGCGUUGUUACCAUCAGAGAAGAUCCACAGAUGGGACGUUUCGCAGAGGCCAAGAUCGAUAUAAAACCUGGCGACCUUCUGGUUAAGGAAAAACCUCACUGUGCCGUUCUUUUGGACCAGUACACAAGCACUCACUGCUUUGAGUGCUUCAGAAGGGCCAAGGCUCCUGUCCCCUGCCCAACAUGCAGCAACGUGCUAUUCUGCAGCAAGCCCUGUCUGCAGUCAGCUCUGCAGACCCACCACGCUGCAGAGUGCAGCAUCCUACCUGCUCUGUGGCAGUCUGGCGCCUCCGUCACUGUUCUGAUGGCUCUCAGGAUCAUCACUCAGAGACAACUAGAGCACUUCUUGCAGCUGAGGCCAUCUUUGGAGAAAUCAAUAAAAGACAAACCCUACAAGAGUGAUGACUACAGAAGGGUUUAUAAUCUAGUGAACCACGGUUCAGAUCGUUCAGCCGAAGACUUCUUGCACAGAACUGUGGUGGCAGUGUUUUUACUACGAUGUUUAAAAACUACGGACUACUUCAAGAUGCAAGAUGAAAAUACCAUCACCACCAAUGAGAAAAUGUUGUCAGAAAAUGAGAAAUUCAUUGGUGGAUUGAUUUUGAGACACAUUCAGUCCCUACAGUUCAACUCUCAUGAGGUAUCCGAGUUGGUUAUAGACGGUAAGAAUAAGAAGUCUGUGUUCAUCGGGGGAGCUGUAUACCCCACCCUUGCACUCUUCAACCACUCUUGCAACCCAGGCAUUGUAAGGUACCAAAAGGGAACAGAGGUGAUAGCACGGGCGAUACGGACCAUUCGUAGUGGUGAAAUGGUCGCAGAAAACUAUGGCCCUAUCUUCACACAGGAGGGCCGAGAGAGUAGGCAGAGCAAGCUGCGGAACCAGUAUUGGUUUGACUGUCAGUGCGAGGCUUGCCUAGAAGACUGGCCUACUCUGGACAAUAUGAGCUCUGAUGUCAUGAGAUUCCGCUGUGACUGCGGCAACACACUGUUAGUACCAGUCAACACGCCAGAGUUCAUGAUCCCUUGUCACAGCUGCAACCAACACGCCAACAUAUUCAAGGGACUCAAAGUUCUCCAGGAUACAGACAUGAUGUUCCGGGUUGCCAAGAGUUUGGUGGACGAGGGCAAUUUUGUGUCGGGAGUGCAGAAGUUUGUGGAACUGCUGACUAUGUUGGACUCUGUGUUGGUGCCUCCCUUCCAGGACUACCACAUAUGUCAACAGGAGAUACGUACCUGCAUGCUCACUUGCGGCAAUGUACACAAGGAGAAGUGAACAAGUAAAUCAAUAUGGAGAAACGUGCCUUAUUUAACCUACUGUCAUAAUUC